AUGGCUGAUCAGUUCAAGAAAGAUCACAGCAUCCCUGUGACGAAGCAGGAUUUCCCCGGCAAGCAGUCAGAAAUGCCGGAUCCUCCACCCGAGGAUACAAACUUACCUACAGAUGAGGGCGGGAAGCAACCUUAUCUGGCAGCAGGCAAACUCAAGGGGAAGAAGGCGGUUAUCACUGGGGGUGAUUCUGGAAUUGGACGCUCAACUGCGAUUCUGUUCGCAAUGGAGGGUGCCGACUCUCUUAUUGUCUAUUUACCAGAAGAAGAGAAAGAUGCCCAGGACACGAAAAAGGAGGUUGAGAAGCAGGGACAGACUUGCCACCUCUUUGCAACAGAUCUAUCAAAGCGAGAGAAUUGCAAGAAAGCAGCAGAUGAGGCUUUGAGGGUUUUCAAUGGGUCGAUUGACAUUUUGUUUAACAAUGCAGCAUACCAGAUGAUGGUCGAGGACAUCCAGGACCUAGAGGAGGAUCAAUGGGUUCAUACCUUCAACGUCAACAUCCAUUCCUUCUUCUAUCUUUCCAAGUAUCUCAUUCCGCAUAUAUCCACGGGUGGCGCGAUUAUCAACAAUGCCAGUAUCAAUGCAUAUAUUGGGCGACCAGACUUACUGGACUACACUUCCACCAAAGGAGCGAUCAUCUCCUUCACCCGAGGUUUGAGCAACCAAUAUGUCAGUCGCGGAAUCAGGGUCAAUGCCAUUGCUCCUGGGCCUGUUUGGACGCCCCUGAUCCCUUCAACAAUGAACGACAAGGCGCAGAAGGAGUUUACCGCCCCGAUGGGCCGCCCAGCCCAGCCGAGCGAGAUUGCGACAUGCGUGGUGUUCCUCGCGUCCAAGGACAGCUCCUGUGUAAGCGGCCAGACCAUUCACUGCAACGGAGGAACCAUAGUCAAUGGUUAA